UCAUCUGGCCUCACCGUGGUGUCUGGUGUGUUUGUCGAACUUUCUCCAUAUUCAGUCCACAAAGGAUUUAAAGAGGUUACCAUAGCGAUGGCCAGAGAGGACACGGUGUUAACUCACUUUCAGGCACGUGCACGCGGCUUUUUGGUGCGUAGAGAAGUGGGUCGUGCACGAGAAGACUUUGAAGACAUCGUGAAUGAGAUCGACGGUGAUUUGGCACAUGUGCUGUGGAGCAGGACAGUCAUCCCUGCACCGCGCUUUACAGACGUAGAUGACCCAUAUGUACCCAGCAGUGAUGUCAGUAAACCUACAGAUUCAGGAGUGGACGUCAGCACGAGUCCCCAGAGCUCAGCAGCAUGGGCAGCAUCCUUAUCACCAAAGACAGGAGGAGAUCCUGCUCUUCUUCUUCUACAAAAGACGGUACCAGAGAGAGAUGACUCACAGAGCAGAGACCUUGCCUGUCAUUCACAAGACUGUUUCCAUAACAACCAUGUUGAGGUCAGCGAGCUGGACCUGAGACGGAGAGGUCAGGAGGGAGAUAAAGAUGUAACAGACGUGGAGAGCACGGGAAACUCCACCAGCAACUGGGGCAGUUUGGACCUGGAUGUGAACAACAUUUGCUCUCACCCAGGUCUGCGUCAGUACUGCUUGGCUCAGGAUGUGCCCCAAACUCCAGAGGGCCUUCGUCUCCACAGAAACACUCUGACCAUGGAGCUGGUCUGGAUCCAACAGGCCAUUGACAGCAGGAAAAAGUAUUUGUCAUUGAAGAACAGGCUGACGGUGUCUUGACAGCGAGCUCUGACUCAAUGGAGGGAGACUGAUGUCCUGAAGACAGUUGUCGGUCAAACGCUGCUUUGAAAAACGAAUCAUUAUGUGCUCGAUCAGUCACGUAUACACUUUAUUUUUAAUGCUGUCAAACUGUAUGUAUGUACUUGAAUAAAUGCUAUUUUUCUAACGCGUCUUUUCCUGGCUUGUUUUU